CCAAAUAACCACCUAUAUAAACUCACAACCGCAAUCGAAUUUAUCCAGUACCAUUCCUGGCUCCAACCACCGUACAGGAGGCAUAAUGAAAUUAACGAUCUGCUUAGUUUUCCUGCUGGUAGCAGCGGCUGCUGCCAGCGAGAAGAAGACGACAGAAAAGAAGGCUGAGCCUUUAGACAAGAAACUGGACAAACGUGGUCUCCUGAACCUCGGCUAUGGGUACGGCAUCAGCGGACUGGACGUGGGCUACAUCGGUAGCGGCCACGGCCACGGCGGCGCCUACAACUUCAUCGACGAGGGCGCCCUCGCCCACGCGGGAUACGGCGUCAACCUUGGCCAACACACCGACGUCACCAGGACCAUCACCCUCGUCAAGGGCGUCCCCUACGCCGUCGCCGUCGAAAAACCCGUCCCCUACCCCGUCGAGAAGCCCGUGCCAUACCCCGUCAAGGUCCCCGUGCCGCAACCCUACGAGGUCGUCAAACACGUGCCCGUUCACGUGAAGGAGUACGUCAAAGUGCCAGUUCAUGUACCCGCCCCCUACCCCGUCGAAAAGAAGGUCCCAUACCCCGUCCACGUACCCGUCGACAGGCCCUACCCCGUCAAGGUCUACGUGCCCCAGCCCUACCCCGUCGAGAAACACGUCCCCUACCCCGUCAAGGUGCCAGUGCCCCAGCCCUACCCCGUGGAGAAACACGUGCCAUACCCCGUUGAAGUCAAAGUUCCCGUGCCCCAGCCCUACCCUGUAGAGAAGCACGUGCCCUACCCCGUGAAGGUCCCCGUCGACAGGCCCUACCCCGUCCACGUGCCCGCUCCCUACCCCGUCGAGAAGCCAGUGCCUGUCGCUGUCCCCGUUGAGAAGCCGGUCGCUUACCCCGUCCACGUGCCCGUAGACAGGCCUUACCCCGUCCACGUUGAGAAGCCCUACCCCGUGCCCGUUAAGGUGCCAGUGCCAGAGCCCUACCCCGUAUACAAGCACGUCCCCUACCCAGUGGAGAAGCCCGUGCCUUACCCCGUCAAGGUGCCCGUCGACAGGCCCUACCCCGUGACCGUUGAGAAGCACGUCCCAGUGGCCGUUGACAGGCCCGUGCCCGUACCAGUCAAAGUCCCCGUCCUGGUCAACGAACACGACCAGUACAGCCACCUGAGCCUCGGAGGCUCCUACUACAGCCACUAGGGUAAUUAGUCACUUAGCAUUCAUCAGAAAAUCACAUAAUUUAUAAGCCUAGCCAAGUCUAGCCGGCCGGGACACCAGCAAACAAAAUUUUUUCAUACUUUUGUACAUUUUUAUUUAUACAAAAAUGUCAUGUCAUGUAUGUAUGUGCGUACGUGGUACGUAGUGAUAUAAAAGUUACCAUUACAUUAGUUUGUAAGUUGAUUGUAAAGAG